CCGGCCUGAGCUCCUGCCCGCCUCUCCUUCUGGCCACUGUCCCCUACUCAGGGCUGGCAUCCUUGCUCCCUGCUCUGGGUCUUAGACUGUGUCCUCUGUCGCUGCAGGGCAGGCUGGCGAGGGGCCGGCGGACACCAGGUCCCGCCCUCCCAUCACUGAGCACUGCUCCUUCCUCAUUUUGCUGCUGAUUCUCGCCCCAAACAAAACAGGUUGAGCCCUUUUCCUCCCCUUGGCGGCUGGUCUCUGGCUUGCUGCUGCCUUCUGAGUGCUGCAGACGGCGUCGGCCAGGGAGGGAGGACCGGGACGCUGCUCCUGGCGCCUGGCCCACGGGCAGGCCCGCGGCCGGAGAGCGAGCAGUGCAGCGGCAGUUGCCUGAGGAUGAUGCCCCAGCUGCAGUUCAGAGAUGCCUUUUGGUGCAGGGACUUCACAGCCCACACGGGCUAUGAGGUGCUGCUGCAGCGGCUGCUGGACGGCAGGAAGAUGUGCAAGGACAUGGAGGAGCUGCUGAGGCAGAGGGCCCAGGCAGAGGAGCGCUACGGGAAGGAGCUGGUACAGAUCGCCCGGAAGGCAGGCGGCCAGACGGAGAUCAACUCUCUCCGGGCUUCCUUUGACUCCUUAAAGCACCAAAUGGAGAAUGUGGGCAGCUCACACAUCCAGCUGGCCCUGACUCUACGGGAGGAGCUGCGGAGCCUGGAGGAGUUCCGGGAGAGGCAGAAGGAGCAGAGGAAGAAGUAUGAGGCUGUCAUGGACCGUGUCCAGAAGAGCAAGCUGUCACUCUACAAGAAGGCCAUGGAGUCCAAGAAGACGUACGAACAGAAGUGCCGGGACGCAGAUGAUGCCGAGCAGGCCUUGGAGCGCAUUAGUGCCAAUGGCCACCAGAAGCAGGUGGAGAAGAGCCAGAACAAAGCCAAGCAGAGCAAGGACACAGCCACAGAGGCAGAGCGGGUAUACAGGCAGAACAUCGAGCAGCUGGAGAAGGUGCGGAGCGAGUGGGAGCAGGACCACCGGACCACCUGUGAGGCCUUCCAGCUGCAAGAGUUUGACCGGCUGACCAUUCUCCGCAAUGCCCUGUGGGUGCACUGCAACCACCUCUCCAUGCAGUGCGUCAAGGACGACGAGCUCUACGAGGAAGUGAGGCUGACGCUGGAAGGCUGCAAUGUGGAUGCUGACAUUGAUAGCUUCAUCCAGGCCAAGAGCACGGGCAUGGAGCCCCCGGCCCCAGUGUUGUACCAGAACUACUACGACCGAGAGGUCACCCCAUCAUCCGGCAGCCCUGGCAUACAACCGUCCUGCGGCAUGAUGAAGAGGUUCUCCGGGCUGCUACAUGGAAGUCCCAAGACCUCAUCAUUGGCAGCUCCUGCUGCCUCCACAGAGACCCUGACCCCUACCCUCGAGCGGAAUGAGGGUGUCAACGAGGGUGUCUACGCAGCUGUGGUGGUGCAGGAGACGCAGGGAAACCCCACAACGCCUGCCCAGGACUACCGGGCGCUCUAUGACUACGUGGCGCAGAAUCCCGAUGAGCUGGACAUCUCUGCAGGGGAUAUCCUGGAGGUCAUCCUAGAAGGAGAGGACGGCUGGUGGACAGUGGAACAGAAUGGGCAGCGUGGCUUUGUCCCUGGCUCCUACCUGGAGAAGCUCUGAAGAAGGGGCAGCCCUCCACCCCACCCAGGGGGCUGGUAGGGCCCCCUGAGCCUUGCUAGGACCAAGAACCGAGCCUCCCCAUGCCCAGGAUGGGACAGGUGCUGGAUGUUCCCCAAGGAGUCUCUCUCAUAAGGAAUAAAGGGUGCA